ACGCGCCACGCGGUGAGCGCUCGGCGCAUGCGUGGUUCGGCCAAGUCAAGGCGCGAAGCAGAAACAGGAAAGAAAAGAGACCACAGACCAGGAGCACGAAGAAGAUAUGCGCCCGCGAGUUUUGUAUGAACUUAACCUCGUUUACCAAAGAAACAUACAUAAACAUUGCAAAUAUAUAUUGUAGUACUAACAUUAUCACUGUUUAAAUAAACCAACCGAAUGAACACACAUCAAUGAGAUAUCCUCCAAGCGUUAAUACGUUUUUUGUUUAAAAAAAACCACAUCAAAAUGAUUGAUCAAAAUAUUAUUGUGAUGUGCUUUUUGGUAUGCCUAGCGGUAGUAUUUAAUUUUUCAUUGCAUCGCAUUGAGGAGGGUCAUGUUGGAGUUUAUUUUCGAGGUGGAGCACUGCUGCCUCAAGUUAGCAGUCCAGGUUUCCAUAUGAUGAUACCGCUUUUAACAACCUUCAGGGCUGUUCAAGUAACUUUGCAAACUGAUGAAGUCAAAAAUGUUCCUUGUGGAACUAGCGGAGGUGUCAUGAUCUAUUUUGAUCGUAUUGAAGUUGUAAAUAUUCUAAAUGCUAAUAGUGUGUACAAUAUGGUUAGGAACUAUACAGCAGACUACGACAGAUCUUUGAUAUUCAACAAAGUUCACCACGAGUUAAAUCAAUUUUGCUCAGUCCAUACUUUGCACGAGGUUUAUAUUGAUUUAUUUGAUCAAAUCGAUGAGAACCUUAAGACUGCUUUGCAAAGAGAUUUAAAUGAAAUGGCUCCGGGCCUGAGCAUCUUAGCAGUAAGAGUAACCAAACCUAAGAUUCCUGAGACAAUCCGGAAAAAUUAUGAACUAAUGGAGGCAGAAAAGACUAAACUGUUGAUUUCUACGCAGCAUCAGAAAGUAGUUGAAAAAGAUGCUGAGACUGACAGAAAGAAGGCAAUUAUUGAAGCUGAGAAAGAAGCUCAAGUAGCUAAAAUUCAGUACAAUCAAAAAAUCAUGGAGAAAGAAUCACUCCAGCGUAUGGCAGCGAUCGAAGAUGAAAUGCAUUUAGCUAGAGAAAAAAGUCGUUCGGAUGCUGAUUAUUACCAAAUGGCAAGACAAGCUGAAGCUAACAAAUUAUUACUGUCAAAGGAGUAUUUGGAACUAGAAAAAUACAAAUCAUUGUCACAAAAUGCUAAAGUGUACUAUGGACAGGAUAUACCAAAAAUGUUUUCAUUAGGAGGGUGCUCAAAUGAUGCAAAUUUAGGAUCUUCUAUCAACCGAGUCACCAGCGAAAAAGAUGAAAAUUAUAAUGAAUAAUUUAUUCAAAAGAUUUCGACUGAAUUGAAAUAUUCCCAUAUUUUGUAGGUAACCGAUGAUUGAUUUGCAAGCGUUGAUAUGCACAUCGAUGACCUUUAGCUAUUAAAUCAUUUUAAUCUAAGACAAGUUUGAUAUAUGCUUGAAAUUAUUUUAUUGUACUCGUUAUUUAUUAACGAUUGUGAGAAACUUUGUUAUUUAUAGUUUUUUAGUAUUGUAAAUUGUACAGCUUUUGAAUACAAGCCUACAAUAUACUUAAUUAUUAUAAAUACAACCUAAUAUUUAUUAUACUUCACGAUGGUGUUUAAGAAUAAAGUGGCAAGAUUAGUAUGCUUGCUGAUAUGGUUUUGUAACUCUAAAA